AUGGAGAGUAGAAAACUGAUUUCUGCUACAGACAUUCAAUACUCUGGCAGCCUGCUGAACUCCUUGAAUGAGCAACGUGGCCAUGGACUCUUCUGUGAUGUCACAGUUAUUGUGGAAGAUCGAAAAUUCCGGGCCCACAGGAAUAUUCUUUCUGCUUCUAGUACUUACUUCCAUCAGCUCUUCUCAGUUGCUGGGCAAGUUGUUGAACUAAGCUUUAUAAGAGCAGAGAUCUUUGCAGAAAUUCUCAACUAUAUCUAUAGUUCUAAAAUUGUUCGCGUUAGAUCAGAUUUACUUGAUGAGCUAAUUAAGUCAGGGCAGUUGUUAGGAGUUAAGUUUAUAGCAGAGCUUGGUGUCCCAUUAUCACAGGUUAAAAGCAUCUCACGUACAGCUCAGGAUGGUAAUUCAGAAACCUUACCUCCUGGUUCUGGUGACAAGAACCUUGAAGCACAAAAAUCAAAAGACGAAACCCAAGAUAAUGGGGCAACCAUAAUGCCUAUUAUAACAGAGUCUUUUUCCUUAUCUGCUGAAGAUUAUGAGACAAAAAAGAUUAUUGUUACUGAUUCAGAUGAUGAUGAUGAUGACGUUAUUUUCUGCUCUGAGAUUCUGCCUGCAAAGGAGACUUUGCCAAGUACCAGUGCAGUGGCACAGGCCCAGCCUAAUCCAGGCCCUGUUGCUAUUUCAGAUGUUGCACCUUGUGCUAGCAGUAACUCCCCCCCUUUAACAGAAAACACACCUCCUCAGAAACUUCCUACUCCUGUGAAUCAGGCAACUCUGAGCCAAACACAAGGAAGUGAAAAAGUGCUGGUAUCUUCCGCCCAGACACAUCUGACUCCUAACAUCAUUUUGUUAAAUCAGGCACCACAUACUACGCCACCAAAUGUCACUCCUUCUUUGCCAAAUCAUAUGUCUCCUUCAAUCAAUUUACUUGUGCCGAAUCAGCAGACAAACAGUACUGUUUUGAAAGGAAACAAGGCCAAUGACGAUGAGGAAGAGGAAAUUAUAGAUGAUGAUGACGACACUAUUAGCUCCAGUCCAGAUUCGGCUGUCAGUAAUACAUCUUUGGUCCCACAGGCUGAUACUCCUAAAAAUACCACUUUUGACGGAUCACUGGUACAGAAGAUGCAGAUCCCUACACUUCUGCAAGAGCCACUUUCCAAUUCUUUAAAAGUUUCAGAUAUAAUUACUAGAAGCACUAAUGAUCCAGUUUUAGAAUCAAAACAUCUAAUGGAGGGUCAGAAGAUCAUUACUUUAGAUACAGCUACUGAAAUUGAAGGCUUGUCAACUGGUUGCAAGGUUUAUGCAAAUAUUGGUGAAGAUACUUAUGACAUAGUGAUCCCUGUCAAAGAUGACCCUGAUGAAGGGGAGGCCAGACUUGAGAAUGAGAUACCAAAAACAAUUAGCAGUGAGCCAGCAAACAAACGUAUGAAAGUAAAACAUGAUGAUCACUAUGAGUUAAUAGUAGAUGGAAGGGUCUAUUAUAUCUGUAUUGUGUGCAAAAGGUCAUAUGUCUGUCUGACAAGCUUGCGGAGACAUUUUAACAUUCAUUCUUGGGAAAAGAAGUAUCCUUGCCAUUACUGUGAGAAGGUAUUUCCUCUUGCAGAAUAUCGCACAAAGCAUGAAAUUCAUCACACCGGGGAGCGAAGAUAUCAGUGCUUGGCUUGUGGCAAAUCUUUCAUCAACUAUCAAUUUAUGUCUUCACACAUAAAGUCAGUUCAUAGUCAAGAUCCUUCUGGAGACUCAAAGCUUUAUCGUUUACAUCCAUGCAGGUCUUUACAGAUCAGACAAUAUGCAUACCUCUCGGAUAGGUCAGGCGCUGUGCCUGUAAUGAAGGAUGAUGGAAUUGGGUAUAAGGUUGAUGCUGGGAAAGAACCUCCAGUGGGGACCACAUCUGCUCCUCAGACCAAGCCAAUGACCUGGGAAGAUAUUUUUAUUCAGCAGGAAAAUGAUUCAAUUUUUAAACAGAAUGUAACAGAUGGCAGUACUGAGUUUGAAUUUAUAAUACCAGAAUCUUAUUGA